CCUGUGAUGCUGCAGCUCCUGUAGGCUCUUCAGUCUCCAGUAAACAGCAGUCAUGGCGACAGUGGUCCAACCGCUCACACUGGAUCGAGAUGUUGCCAGGGCUAUUGAGCUGCUGGAGAAGCUGCAGGAGUCAGGCGAUGUUCCCGGUCACAAGCUCCAAUCUCUGAAGAAAGUCCUUCAGAGUGAGUUCUGCACAGCCAUCAGAGAGGUGUACCAGUAUAUGCACGAAACAAUUACAGUGAAUGGCUGUCCAGAGUAUCAGGCCAGGGCCACGGCUAAGGCCACAGUUGCAGCCUUCGCAGCCAGUGAAGGUCACUCUCACCCGCGGGUGGUGGAGCUACCGAAGACGGAGGAAGGGCUGGGCUUCAAUGUGAUGGGCGGCAAAGAGCAAAACUCACCUAUCUAUAUCUCCCGCAUCAUUCCUGGAGGCGUAGCUGAGAGGCAUGGCGGCUUAAAGCGAGGGGACCAGCUCCUGUCUGUGAAUGGAGUGAGUGUAGAGGGAGAGCACCACGAGAAAGCGGUGGAGCUACUGAAGGCAGCCAAGGACAGCGUGAAGCUGGUGGUUCGCUACACCCCCAAAGUGCUGGAGGAGAUGGAGGCCCGCUUCGAGAAGCUGCGUACGGCCCGGCGGCGUCAGCAGCAGCAGCUCCUCAUGCAGCAGCAGCAACAGCAGAAUCUGGCCUCUCAGCAGAACCACAUGUCGUAGGCUGUUCCAAAAGAAGAAGAAGUGAAGAAGUGUGUGGAUCUUUAAGGCCAUCUGUUUGUGUUGAGGAUCCCAAAGGCGUCUCUCCAUCGCGGAGCAAAACCGACCGAAAGUAGAAGACUCUUUCACUCUCUCCCUUCCAGUGUACCACCGAUUACUGAGCAAAAAUGAAGAGAGCGUUUGUCCUGAAUUUGGUGCUUCGAAAAACAAGUAUGAGGGAGGCUAACACUGAAAGUUUUGACUUUAUAGUCCCUUUUCUAGGUUCUACACCCCAGUCGUGACUUGAAUACUCCCUUUCUUGUGUUUGUAGUUUGGUUUAUUUUAUCCACUUGGUUUGCUUUCAUCCAUUUCGCAGUGGAUCCUUCGCCAUUUUUCCAUAGAUAUCAUUUGUACAGUGGUGUUUCUAUUGAUUCCUCUACUGGUGCUUGUGUCUCUGUAUGAAUGACCAUUGAUUUCCUUUUUCUGUGUCCUGUUUUUGAUGAACUCUUUUUUACCUUCUAUAUUGUAGCAAGAAAAGAUUUUGUAUCUCGUAGGUUUAGCAAUAACACACUUUUUUUUGGUUUUUGGUUUUUACAUUUUAAAAUGAAAUUCAUCACCGUACAUAUACAAAUGUAAAUCACCGUAAAGCAAAUCGCAUCUUAUUCACUGUAAGGCAGCUCCUGAGUCCAAAUCGGUCUUCGGUGCCAUUUAAAGAGAUUUACAGACGGCGCAUAGAGUUAAUGUGCAAUAACUGCGAUUCAUAAAAAGAACUUAUAAGCUACUCCCAACUGAAAUUAAUCUAGAAAAUAUAUGUUACAAGGAGGUUCACUUUAAACCUCAGAAAUCUUAAAUGUUCCCGACAGAUUACCAGAAUGUCAUCACUUUUGAUUUUAACAGAAUUAAAUGAAUAUUAUGUUUAUUUUUCCAGAUCUGUCUAUUUUAUAGUUUACGAGAUCAGAGAUUUAACACAAAGUUUUAAUGUUCCUUUUAAAAUAUUAUGUAUUCUUUCUAUCAUGUGCAGAUUGUUUAAAAUCUAUUCAUUGCAUUAUGGCUAAAUACUAGCACAUAGUUCACGUGGAUGUGUUACCUGCAUUUUGUGUUAUGAGUGGAGUGUUUUGGUUUGUUUUUUUUCCCAGUGGAUCUGUGAGAGAAAUCAUUUUCUUUGUCACCCAAGUAGCUGAACUCCAGAGUCAAAGUGGAAAUCCGCCAAAUCUGUGUUUACGUUGUCUCCAUCUUUGGUGAGCUUCUUGUUGUGGUUUUCUGCUCCGUUGUUCCCAGAGAUGACUUAUUUAUAAGUCUUUUUAACUCUUUUUUUUUUUGUUUACUGUUGAUUUUCUUUACAUUUUCAGUAGCUGGCUUUUACUCUUUUAUUUAUCCCCAGCAUUAAACAUCACUUCCUCAAUGCGAGACUCUGUAAACACCUGUAUGCUAAAAGCAGCUCGCGUAAAAGCUGAUGAUGUUACAGAGAUUUUAUUUAAAACUGCAGUGAGUGAUGAUUUCAUCGGCUUUAACCCCUAAGCCCAAAUGAACAGCAGCCUACAUUAAUGUGUCCCACACUGCCACAUUUGACUAUUUCCCAAAAAACCUGUUUCCUCUGAGGUCUGCUUAAUGUCAAAAUAUUGGGAUUAGGUGACCUCAAUGUCCAGGUUUUAUAUGAUUUACAACCAUUUCUGACUCUCACAGUACAUCUUAAUAAGACAGAUCCCUUUUUGUACCUUUAAUUCAUCGGUACUCUUUCUUAAUUGACUUGCAUUUUUGAAGCGAAUGGUCCUGUAUUUAACGUAAAGAUGAAAAAAAAAAAUAGAUAACAAACUCUUGAUAUGCAAUUGUUAUACAUACUAUAUUUGUAUAAAUAAAUCUAUGUGCUUGUGUACAGUGA